AUGGGGUACUUAAAUGCUGUGACUAUCGGAAAAACUGAAGGGGAACUCUACGUGCCCCCCCAAAAGUCACAAGUUGAGGAUGGUAGAGGCGUAAUGUUCCCUAAAUCCCGCUCUCCUACACUAGAAACUCGGUCUCUCAGGACGCGGAAUAUGGAGUCUGAAAAUAAAAAAGCGGAAAAUAUGGAAUCUGAAAAUAAGGGAUUUGAGAUGAUUACUUCCGUUUCUGCACUACAAGCACUAUCAUGUCUACUUUGUCCUAAAGAAGAGGAUGAUUUUGACUCUGAACAGUUAUAUUGCUCAUCUACUACUGGAGCCAUGGGUCCUGGGAAUAUUGGACCAACAAAAAUAGAAGAGUUCAAAGCCAUUACUCAAUGCAGUAGUGAAACUAGUGAAGACAUCUGGAGUCCAGAAGAGGUUCCAGACGGAGCAGAGCACGAUGACAUGUGGGAUGUUCGAGAAAUCCCAGAAUAUGAGAUUAUAUUCAAACAGCAUGUGGGAACUGAGGAUGUAUACCUAGGAUUGACAAGAAAGGACACUUCAACAGCAUGUUGUCAGGAGCUAGUG